AUGGCACCAAGGAAGACAAAAACUAUACAGAUAGAGAAGUUCAGAUGUCUGAGACAGAAGAAAAAGAGCAAAACAGAGUAUCGAUCUUGGUCUGAUCUUCCAACUGAGAUUCUAGAAUAUAUAAUGUCAGGUCUAUAUUUAAAUGAUAUAACAACUUUCCAUUCAAUCUGCAAGAGAUGGAGAUCCAUAGAGUUUCCCCCAAUUCAACAACUGAUCAGUUAUCAUCCUCCACUGAAUCAUCAUCAACAUCAUCAUCAUCAUCAUCAUCAUCAAAUUCCAUGGCUAAUGAGAUCAAACUCUAAUUAUGGCCAAUUAACUUCAUCAUCUGAACUCAUCGCCCCAUCUUCUACCAAGAACAAGAAAUCUUACUCCAUCAAAAUUGAAGGCAUUGAAGGACCUGCUGAUGAUAAAACUCAACUUUGUAGUAUCAAAUUUGGUUGGCUCUUACUAUCUCGCACUCAUUCGGGUUCGGAUUGCGUUUCCACUACUUCAUUCUUUCUCUACUCACCCUUUAUCAACCGGAGGAUCGACUUGCCUGACUUGAAUUCUAAGUUCGAUGUUGCAACAUUUUCUUCAUUGCCCACUUCACCUGAUUGCGUAUUCUUCGUUUUGUGUUGUUUCCCUGAUAAAGUUAAUAUCAGCACUUGUAGACAAGGAGAGAUGGUUUGGAGCUCGAAAAGUUUCUCCGGCGGUGACGGGUUUUCGCCUAUUAAAGAUGUAGUCUAUUUGAAGAAGAAGUUCUAUUGCUCAAACAUUCGUGGUGGAUUAGCAACCUUUGAUGUUGAUCAACAAUCAUGGAGUGUUCUUUCAGAACCUAUGGUGAUAAUGAAUGCCCCAGUUAUCUCUUAUUCUAAUAGUUUUUUGGUGGGAGAUGAAGAUGAUGGAGAGCUCUUUUUUGUUCUUAUAUGCAGUUCAGGUUGGGUUUUGGUUCACAAGCUAGAUAGAUCGGAGAUGAACUGGAUCAAAGUUCAUAACUUACAAGAUAAAUCAUUGUUUCUUAGUUCAUCAAGUACAUCGAUUGUGAUUUCUAAGAACAAGAGAACAAAAUGGGUGAAGAUGAAUAGGAUUUAUUAUUGUCUGCCUGGUGAGGCUCCAAGGUUCUACUCUUUUAAAGCUGGAAGAAACUACAAAUCUACUAGUCAUUAUGGUGAUGUACGCUUCAGGGAGUUUCCCGAGAAUUAUUUUUGGAUUGAACCUCCAUAUUAG